AUGAAUUCGCAAGCUCCAAAGAGACGUGGCCGUCCAGCGAAAGCAAAAGCUGCUCCAGCUGCAUCUGUUCCAACUACAGACAAAUCGCCACCGAAGCCUAAAUCUCCAAUUAGUGCUCCAAAUGGUGAAGCCAAGUCUCCAGUCAAACCUCUUUCUCCAGUCAAGCCGUCUUCUCCAGCUAAAUCCCCUGUUGUUGCCAAAAAGGGACGUGGGCGUCCUAAGGGUGCUGCUGUUGUGAAGAAAUCACCGCCAAAGAAGCCGGUGGCGAAGUCUGUGGCUAAAGGUGGAGUGACGAAGAAAGCUGGUGCUGGAAAACGUGGACGUCCGGCGAAGAAGAAUGCAGCUUCAGAGGAGAGCAGUGGGGAUGACGCAGGUAUUUGUCUUAGUAUUAAUCGAAGGAUUUUAACAUUUUUAUGGCCCAAAUAUUUUAAAGUAAAAACAUUUCCGGAAACUAUUCUUGUCAGUAAACUUGGAAGGACCUGGGAAUUUUUUACACGAUGGGAAAAACGCGUUUAA